AUGUUACGGGAAGAGACUUUGACAUCACAAGAUGAUGAAAUGCCAUCUACAAGGUUUGAUUGAAACCAGGACAUUCCUUUAUACAAUAAAUGUUUUUAAAGCGCCAGCCAAACCGGAGAGGUGACACCUAAAAAAGGUAUUUUGAAAAGGCCAUCGUUGAAAAAUGAAAGCGAAAAAAGAGAUUUGGUAAGUUUCGAGAAGAAGAAACUUUUCUUUAAGAAAAUUUUUCAGUUAUUUCCACUUCCUGGCUUCCGUGCAUCGCCGGAUAGGUUCCCCGAAAAACCUGGAACUCGAAUACCAAAGCUGCAAGUCACGUGGUGGGAAAAAAACGCCGGUCAGUUUAUCAAUUCGAAUGAAACUAAUUCAUUUUAUUUAAGUGGCCUUUAUUGGAGAGACCAGCGACGAAAAUAAUACAGACUCGGAACAAUUGAUGAAAGAUCUUGGCGGAGGUCCGAGGGAAAUUGUUCGAGAAGUUCAACAGCAGCCAGACAGGUGGAGUUUCAUGUUUUUUUUUGUAGCUAUUCUCCUCUCUGACCUUUUUAUUAAAUGUUUUUCAAGAGAACCAGCAUAAUGGAACUCAUUAUUUUCCAGACAAACAGCAAUAUUAGAUUCGGAAGAUUCAGAAGACUUAAGUGAAGUGCGAGAAGAAAUGCAUUUAGAAAACAGUCAAGGUGAUAAAAUUCAAAAAGAACGUCUUAAACUAAAUUUGAUUAGCAGAUAAGUUAGAAAGAGAUUUUGACGAAACGAUGAGUGUUGCAAGUUCAACUGGUAGCGCAUCUUCUGCCGUCGUCGGCCGAUGGUGGACCGGCAAAGAUACAAGGUUUUGGAUCGAAAAUUAAUCAGAGGACUCAAUUUUUCACAGAUAUGUUCCUCAUUGUCACAAAAAGGGCUGCAACCAUGCCAGUCAUAGCGACGUCGGAGAAUAUAUCACUCCAACACAAAGAAGGAAUAAAGAACUCUCGCAACUCAAAAAAGUUGGGUUUCUCCCUUGAAUGUUUCACGAUUGGUUUAGGAACUCCGGCAAGUAAUAGCGGAACGAGAUGAAAGAGACCAGCAUCUAACAGCUCUGAGAGAUAAAGUCAAAGAGGUUCAGAAUUCGAAUAUUCGGAUUUAGAUGUUUUUCUUGAAGAUCGAGAUUUUGAACGAAGCUCAAGGAGCUCUUACUGAAGGCCAAAGGAUCGCUAGGAAAGAGCAACAGGCUCGAGAAGCUCUGGAGAAAGACAAAAAGAUGAUGGAGAAGAAACACGCCGUACGUGUGAGCCAACUGGUACAAGAAACAAUGGCGGCGAGGUCUUUCCCAAAAGAUAAUUUUUUAUCAGCAAUAUUCUUCAGAGAAGAAUCCAUCAAAUUAACAAGUCGUAUUAACGAGCUCGAAAACUUAUUGAAUAAGCCGACACACGAGUCUUCAACUCAAACGGAUUUUGCGCAGGUGAGGCUUAAUUUUUUUUUAGCUUACGUUCGGUAUUUUUAGCCCGAGCCUGUUAUAACCGUUUUGACACCAAUGAGCCCACCGGAUCCUAGUGAUCCUAAUCAGAUACCUGUACAAGGUUCAAUUUCUUUUUUUAAGGAAACCGCCUAAUUUCAGCAUCACCAAAAGUUCCACUUGUCAAUGCCCAAACGUCAGUUCCGGAAAAUGUUAAAAUUUACUCUUUUUCUUUGAAUUUCAACGAUUUUUAGUUGAAUAUUGUGGCUACAAGUCCCGCGCUCAUCUCUCCGUUGAAUAUAACUAUUGACUCACAAGGAAAGACGCAAAUGUUCUGCAAUCAGGAAGCUUUGAGCCAUCAUAUUCAGGUUUGUAUCCGUUAUUUUUUUUGAAAUUUUUCAAUAAUUUUCUAGGCGUGUCAAAACGAAGCCUUCAUCUGGAGAACCAAAGCGGCCCAGCUGGAAAUUGUUGCAAAAGAUCAACUUUUAAAAAUCGCGAGCCUCGAAGCUCAACUCGCCUUGCACCCACGUCCACAGAACGAUUUUAUCUCUCCAAAGGUUGAAGUUUCCAGUUUUUUUUUCCAAGUCCAUUCUUUGUAGAAUUUACUUUCGCCGAGCGUUUCCCAAACCCUGAUCCCCAGAUUGGAAAUGAAAGAAAAUGGCGUAGGCUCCACGGAUAUCCUAGCAGAUACCAUGGUCUAUCAUUUCCCUCAAUGAUGAAUUCUUUUUUUUUUGUAUUUAAGUCGCCUCUGCCCUUCUCUUUUGGGAAUGAAGAAUGCAGUUCUGUCUCUUGUGCCGAGAAAAAAUCAGUUUUAGCGCAGGACAUUUCUGGAUUGAAUGAAACGGUAAUCCUCUCUGAGCAGACGCUGACAAGAAGUAUAUUUUUAGAUCGAAGAAGCCAAAAUACGUGUCAGGGAACUUGAAGAUGACGUCAGCGUUUUGAGAAAAGAAAUCGAGAAAAUUGAAGAUGAAAAGUAAAAAAAAUUAUCGGGUUUCACAAUAAUUCAGUUUUUCAGGGGGAGAAUGGAGGGUAGCUUGCAACAGGCAAAGUUGGACAACGACUCGAAAUCUGCAGAAAUCGCUGCGUCUCUCACAACAGCUCAUAGAUUGCAGGUUCAAAAACUUAUUGGCUCAGGAAGUUGAAUGAUAACUGUAGAAUGAACGGGAUACAAUGCAAAAAGCCAUCGAUUACAUGGAAAACAGGAUGCAAGUGUACAGAAACACGUUGAUGGAACACGACUUGGUAGUGAGCGACGAAGCUCCAACAGAUUGGCGCAAAACAACCAUUGAUCCCAGGUCGAAAAGUUAUUUUUUGGAUCGAAUAAUUGUUUAUUUUAGAUACAAUAUCAUGUUGAGCAAGAAAAUUCAAACAACGCUCACUUCACAACAAAUGUCUGAGCACGAGUCCGAGUUUCAUAGCACUCAGCAAAAGCUUCAUGUUAGUUUUUUGAUAUAUAAAAUAAGAAUUCCUCCGUCCGUUAGCUUGAGCCAAAAAGAAACAGAAAUGAUCAUGUUUUAACAUCGUUUCAAGGCUCUCAAAAAAUAUUAUCUCAAGACGAAGAAAGACUAUUUUGGGCUUCGUAAAAACUGGGAAAAUGAGCCAUUCAAACUUGAGAAAAAGAUCAAUUAGCCAAAAAGUGGAGUCAUAUACGCUGUAUAAAGACGUCUCAUCCAACAAAUUAAUAUCCAAAUUUCAUGUCUACAGGAGCUCAGUCAAGAGUUCUCGGCCAAGAAAUCGACGCUGGCUAGUCGUUUCGAAGAAGUCGAACAGAUUCUUCUCGCCAAAACGGAACUUGUCGAGGCUCUAUCUAAACAACUUGAGGACACGCGACGGCAGCAACGAACCGACAUGGAGUCCCACCAGCGAGAACGCGAAAACUACAAAAAGUAAGUAUAAAUGUGUAGAGUCUUGGGAUUUCUCAGAGAAUAUUCGCAACUGUUUGACAUCACCAAAAUGAUGACAAUUAUUCUACAUUUUGAUUUUUAGAACGCUCGAAGAAACAUCGGCUGUUGCUGAAAAAGUUCCUGUUCUGGAAAGGCAAAUGGCGCAACUUGUUAAGGUAAAUUUUUGACAUUCUUCUUUCUCAAGGUUUUUGAUUCGAACACAGGAGAAAAACGAGUUCGAGUUAAAAUUCAAAGAACAAAAAGAAGAAUUCGAAGACGGACUGGCAAGAUCUUUGGAAGAAUCACUUUCAAAUUACAAAGAGCAAGCCAAUUACUGGAGUGACAAGCUCGCGACCCAAGAAUCUCAAAUGGAACGGCUGAAAGUGAGAAUUUUUUCCAAUUUUUGUUCUCAUUCAGCUUCUGGCAGUUCAAAAAAAUAAGAAUAUUCAACAAAAAAGUUAACAUUUCAGAAAGAAAACGCCGGCUUGACCAAAGAGUUAGAAGAACAGAAGAUGCAGAAUCAUCUACAAAAAGCCGAACUUCAAAGAAAACUUGUUAGUAGUAUCGAGCACGUGGAACAACUGCAAAGCAAGGUUUCAAAGUUCAAAAAACUUGAUUAAAAAAAAUGUUUUAAUUUAGAUUCACAAAUCCCGAAGAGACGUGGAAUGCCAAGCCAAACCAAGAUUUGUUAACAAAUACGUCGCUUGUCGACCAAAUUCCAAACAUCGUUCCACCGGCAUAGAGAAGGUUCAAAUUCCGCCUAUAAAACGCAAAAAAAAAGAAAGUUCAGGGUGAUUUGUUUGAUGAGACAGAUGAAAGAUUGAGGAUUUGCCAGACCGAACUGGCCACAACACGACGACAGGUGACAGUGCUGCAGCAAAAGCUCAUUACGGUUAUUCAGCAACAGGUACUGGAGAUUUUCGAGCUAAUUCAAUUGAAACAAAAAUUCAGCAUGUCGAUCAAGCUGUCAGGAAAAGAUCUGUAGUGGCGGAAAUUGUUCCUCCACUUUCUCCAGAGCAUGGGAACAGUACGAGCGACAGACUAAGAACUCUCGAUUUGAAGAACAAAGAACUUUCCGCUAAGGUUAUUUAUCCCUGGUGGUAAAUGAAAGCUGGGUCUAAGCUUAAUGUAGAUGAGCUCAGUCCAAGUCAGCUUUUCGGAGCGCUCACUCUGUUGAUGUGCCAGACGGAGGAUUAAUUUUUUGGUCAUCGUAAGAAUAAGGGUCGCUCGAAGUUGAGAGCGGCUCUAAACUCAAUAUCCCUAAUUUCAUGGUUUUUCCAAAAACAAAAACAUGGUUUUCAAGAACAUUUUUUUGCGGUUCUAUGGAAUUCGAUCACUGAAAAAAAUGAACAAUAAACACGAAGAUUUAAUCUUCAAGGAUAUUGCUUAAUAUAUUUCAGGUUUGUACGUUGGAAGUCGAAAAAUCGCUCAUGGCUACCCAAGAAAAGUCACGGAUACAAAAACUUGUCACGGAAUUUGACAACGUUCGGAAAAAGCUUGAUGAGGUUUUUUUUAAAUUUUUUCACUGCAUAUCGGAUUCAGGACAUGAAUAUGUAUAGCAAAGAAAAACAAUGGCUGCAAUGGAGAAUAUCGAACCUGGAGAAAGACAACACUGAAAUGCAGAGCAAUGUGGAGAAAUUGCAGCAAAAACUCGCAGAUCAGUCUCCAUUCACAGCCGAUCGGAUUUCUCUUUCUUCUUUGAGGUAUUUUCCAGAGAACACUUCAAUAUUCUGAAAUUUCCGCAAUCUUCUUCAUAUGUUGUUAAAUAGAACAAAACGGUACAUUUUAUAGAAAGACAAACUCGGAGCCAGAAAUUGGAAGAGAAACGAGUUGCAGCGAUGAGAUGAGCUCGCAAAAUGUCACUUUCGGGUUGGAAAAUAUUGAAUCGUGUAGAAAGAUGAAAUUUAUUUAAUACAGAGAUCUUGGGGUAAAAAUGACGGUUAGACAGAGUGUGGCAGAAUCUGAAGAUGAGCCCAAAAUUGAACCUCCUUGCUUCGUCACUCCGGCCGUGGCUCCUUUUUCCAACUUGGCUGACGUUUUAAAUUUGGUUUGUUCUGGUCUAUUUUUCAAUCUGAGCAUGGUUUUUUGGAUGCGAUUCCUUUUUCCCAAUUGUCUUCUCAUUUUGAGGUCCGAUCGGAUUUGGAACAAGUUUUGACGCAAAUUGAGGAGCCUGAAAGUGCACAAAUUCUUAUGGAAGACCGAUUAAACGAAGCUGCAAGUGCUUCUUUUGAAACAGUGAGUUUAUUUAAUUUGACCCUCUGUUCAAUUUUCCUUUUUCUUUUUUGAAAAGAAACAUUUACAGAAUAAACAGACCGAUCUCUGAAUAAACUUUAAAAUGUAAGCAAAGCUUGGCGAAGUGUCCUUUUGAACUAAUUGAUUUUGUUUUUUUUUUGUUGAAUCGAUCAAAUGACGGCAUGUUUUUUGAAAAUUUAGUUAGGCGUUUUAUUUUUUUUCUAACCACUGCCGUGUACCAAGUUGAAAUUUACGUAUUUUGAGGUAAUGCCGUCCAACGUUGAGUAGAAUAAUUUUCCAUAGUUUAUUUUUAUUGAUUUUUAUUUUUGGUUUUUGGAACAAAUCAAUUUUUGAAAUUUUUUGAAUACUUUUCAGUCAAUGUUGGACGAUGUUAUGACAGAAUGGGCUCAAGAUGAGCUGAAAAGUAUGGGAAAUCAGCUGAGAAGGUCUAAAGAAGAGCGAAAUAUAUUGCAGGUUCGGUUUUCUAAAACGAAUUUGAUAGCCAAUAAUUUUUUAAGAAAACAAACGAUCGACUGUCAAAAGAACUACAAGUGGCUAAUGCUGAAUUGGAAGUUUUCAAGAGAGAAAAACCAACGAGUACUUCUAAACCGAAUAUGUUCCGACUGGUCAAAUCUUCGAGUGCAACUGAUUUAUAUAGCAAAACCGAUGCUCAAGAUGUCGUGAGGUAAAAUUUUUUUCUGAAAAAGCUUUUUUUAUUAAAAGGAUGCUCAUAUGGGAGUUUUGAAACCCUUUUUGAAAAAAAUACACAUUCUGAGCCCAAAACUUUUUGAGCUUUCGUAAAAUAAAAAUUUAUUUUUUUCAGGUGGAAACAGCAGUCAGGAACAAUGUUUCGAGAGCUCAACCGAAUUCGAAAAGAUUUGGCAAAAGCUCUGGAUCAAAACCGUGAACUACGGUAUCAGCUUGCAAUCACCCGAGGCGACCUCGAAAUGAACAGUUGCGGCGGAGAAUGGUACUUUUCAAAAAAACUUCGAGACUAAUUAACAAUUUUAAGGGCAUCUUCGUGCCCAUUGUCGCCUUCACUAAGCUAUCACACGGCGGUGGAUGUACCACGAGCAAACGAAACUGUGUAAGCACAUUAUAGUCUGUGUGCCAUAACUUGAAAUUCAACGGAACGACAUUCCGCUGUUCCGCUGCGUGCGUUCGCGAAGCGUCUUUCGAAUCUAGGUCACGCUUUCAAUUGAUUUUUAUUGCUGUGGGUGCACAUGGAAGUAGAGCACCUUAAUAAAAAAAAGCGCAACCACGGUUCGCAAAGGCGCGCAGCGGCACAGCAGAAUGUCGUUUGGUAAAAUUCCAAGUCGUGGUAAGCAGGCUACAUCAAGAUUCUGAAUUAUUGAAAAAAAGAUGGGAAUCUCAAAAAAAUUUUUUUACAUUGAACUUUUCAAAGCCCAGUGAAAAAAAUUAACUGACAAUUAGUAAAAAAAUGCAGUUAAGACAGAAAAAUUCCGCUUGAUGGAGUUUCAAAAAAAUAUACGAAAUAAGAUCAAAAAGUAAUUAAGACUUUCAUCUUGAAAAAUAACUUGACUUUCAUCAAAGAUAAGAAAUUAUAUAUUUCUCUUCAACUUUUUUUCAAGCGUUUUUUUCUUGCGUUUAGCGAUGCUUCAGUUCUAUUAAACCGAUUUAUGGAAGUUUUCUCGCAGAAAAAAAUAUUUAUUUCUAUAAAAAAACAUUUUUCAGAAGAGCUGACGAACUGGUUGUCCACGACAGCGGAGAACGUUUUGAGAGAGGUUCCAACCGAGCUAGCGUCGCUUGUAGCGUCAUCGUGAGAAGUGAAAGCGCCGAUCGAUUGAAGAGCAAAAGUGUGAGCCGCGAACGUGUCGACAUGGGAAAGGAGCGCGAAAGGGCGCGAAGUCGCAGUGCAUCGCGUAGAAACCCCGCAACGAAAGACGUGAUGGCCCGGCGCGAACAACGUAGGCAACUCAGAGUAAGUUUGCUCGAGCUUCAAAAAUCUGUUUAUGUUGAUAACAGUGUUCUAAGUUUUUUUUUACUUUUUUCUCAACUUUUGAAGAAAAACAAAUUCAUCGAUUCAUAGUAUAAUAUUAAACAGGCCAUACAAGUCAAAGUUCUUUCAUAACAGCAUUCUCUGAUUUUCAAAGAAACAUCAGAUGAAACUUUUGACAAAACACUUUUUUCUCUCUUCAGACAGCCCAGAAAAAAUGCUCUUUUCUUCUGAAAAUGAUUAUUCUUAGAGAAAAAAAUAAUGUUUUCAGCUUCCGAAAAACGAUUCGAUGUCCUCAUCAAUGACCUCUGUGUACAUCACUUCUCGAGAAAACCAGCCGUAAGUCCAAUUUUCAUUUUCAAUACGUUUUGUUGAAUCAGGAAACUACCGCCGAUGAUGUCACAAUCAUGGCACGAGAAGACUUUGGAAAACGCUGAACGGCCAACAAACAACGAUGCUCGGCCGACCAGAGUUGAAAAUCCCUAUUUUUCACCCUUUACGGCGUUUUAAGGUUGUGUCGCUGAGAGAAAAAGUUGGACGGCUGACGAGGGAAAACAGGGAACUGCACGACUACGUGGAAUUUUUGAGGGUACUUUUUAAUCUUUUUUCACAGAAACCAUCUCAAAGUAAUUCGGUCUAAAUGUUGUGAUUUUUUUCCAGCUCCGAGCAAACGGUCAAGCAAACAGUCAUGUUUUGGAACUUGAAAGGGAGACUGAAGAUUUGAGAAAAACCAUUGAGCAGCUGGUCACCAAAGUCUCUUCGGUAUGUAUAACUGUGACGCCUGAAAAAACUUUUUCAGGGAGCUAUGACCACAUCUGGUCCUUCACAGAAACAAUACCAGUUGCUACAAGACGAGGUUGAAAUAAGACGGAAAGAAAGUGCGAUGUACGAGAAGAAGAUUUCCGAUCUUGAACAAGAGAGGUAUGUGAUUAUUUUCACAGGAAGAAAGUUUCAGCUAUUUCUCCUUUUUCUCUUUUCUUACUGUAGCACUUUCUUUUUGCUUUUUGUUCUAGGAUAACUUUUUGAACGCUCAGAAGUUAUUGCCAGAUUUUGAUUUGAAGUUGAAAAAUGUUUCGAAGGUUUCCAACUUUUUUUUGGUACACCAAAACAAUCGAGACUUCAUUCAUCUAUACAAAGUCAGUGAAAUUAUUUUUUGGAUCCAAACAAAGGCCUUCUCAAACAGCUUCAGGCUAAAAAUCGAUGCAAAUUUUUUUAGGAGGGAAAUGUACGUUGUCAUGUUCAAAAAAGGUCAACAAGCAGCCAAUAUCGAGUUGGAAGAGGUGAACGAUUUCUUCUCGGUCCUUUGGAAUGUCAACUUUUUUCCAGGCGCGCAACUUGGACGUUAUGACACAAGAUCGGAUAACGUUGAAAUUUUUACAUGACGCUUUUUAUUACUUCUUGUUGAACAAAGGCGACUCCAAAGAGCACCUAGCGGUAAAUAAUCAUUUGUAUAUUAAUAAUAUCGGUUUUUUGUAGGCUAUGAUGACAAUGCUCGACUUCACAGCGUCACAAAAAGACGAGGUUCACCGCCGACGUGGUCGAUCUACUUGA